AUGGCACCCGCAACACCAGAAUUAUCAGAGGCGGAGGCCCAAUGGAGAGAGAGUUAUUCUACCAUGAAGGCUGCCCUCUCAAAGCUCAACCUUCCAGCACCAGAAGCGCCGGCCGAGGAAGAUGACCUCGUCAGCAGUGACGUCGAAGGGUCCUCGUCGAACGAGCAGGGUCAGGACGUAUGGGAUUUCAUUUCCGAGGAUGAGGAUGAGUUAGGAUAUUACUCGAGUGACGAGCUAGAUGGGGAACACGCCAACGGAAUCGGGGCAUCUUCGUCGGCUCCCUACGGCCUCGAGUGGCUUUCGGCUCAGUGCUCGCCCAUCGCGUCAAAGAAUGGACUGGCGACGGAUGUGUUCCAGACCCAAAUCUUGGAUCUACUAAACUCCGGGCGGUCGGAGGAGGAGUUGCAGUCUAAUCUUGCCGACCUCAUCGGUUUCGACGACUUUGACUUGAUUAUUGAGCUGCUCGCUCACAAAUCGGAAAUCAUCACCGCUGCAGCUGCAUCGGCCCCGUCUUCCAGGACUCAGACGGGGAACAGGUUACUGUCUAGAGCGGAGAGAGAGGAGGCCUUGCGCCGCCAGGAUUUCGAGCACAAGACGAGAGGUCUUGCGGCGGCGCAAGCCAGGGAACCAGAGUAUCCGCAUGUGUACAAAACCCACAAUGUGGGUAGAAGCAUGCUGAGCUACACGGGGAAGAAGUACGCACUCCCCCCUGGUAGCGAGAGGCUCGAGUUCGAGAAGUACGAGGAGUACUUUAUCCCGGCGGGGAGCAAGGGAACCCUGCGGCCCGGCCAGAAGCUGAUUAACAUUUCCGAUAUGGAUGGACUAUGUCGGAAUACUUUCAAGGGGUACAAGACGUUAAACAGGAUGCAAAGUCUAGUGUAUCCGGUAGCCUACAAGACGAGCGAGAACAUGCUGAUAUGCGCUCCGACUGGUGCUGGUAAAACCGACGCGGCCAUGCUUACAAUCCUUCAAUGUGUUGGGCAAUAUGUUACGCCCAACCCAUCCGAGGACCCCCUAGCAACCGAGUUUAUGGUCGAUCUCCAAGACUUCAAGAUUGUAUAUGUAGCGCCGAUGAAGGCAUUGGCUGCAGAAGUCACAGAGAAGUUAGGGAAGCGCCUCGCCUGGCUUGGAAUCAAGUGUCGCGAGUACACCGGUGAUAUGCACCUCACCAAGCCCGAAAUCGUCCAGACACAAAUCAUUGUCACUACCCCCGAGAAAUGGGACGUAGUCACGCGAAAGGGAACUGGAGAUACCGAACUAGUUCAGAAGGUUAGGCUUCUCAUCAUCGACGAGGUACAUAUGUUGCAUGACGAGCGAGGUGCCGUCCUCGAAUCGCUCGUCGCCCGUACGCAGAGGCAGGUGGAAAGCACACAGUCUCUGAUCCGCAUCGUCGGUCUCAGUGCCACAUUGCCCAACUACGUCGAUGUCGCCGACUUUCUCAGAGUAAACAAGCAUCAGGGCCUGUUCUACUUUGACGCUUCCUUCCGUCCAGUUCCCCUAGAGCAGCACUUCAUCGGCGUUAAGGGUAAGGCAGGAUCAAGGCAAUCGAGGGACAACCUCGAUAAUGUUGCCUUUGAGAAGGUCAGGGAGAUGCUGCAAAAGGGCCACCAGGUCAUGGUCUUUGUUCAUUCGAGGAGAGACACUUUCGUGACCGCCAAGAUGCUCCAGCAAAAGGCCGUCGAUGACAUGUGCCUCGACUUGCUUGAUCCGACUGGCCAUCCAAAGUUCGAGUCGGCCAUGAGAGACGUCAAGAGUUCCAAGGCACGGGAUAUCCGGGAAUUGGUACCCCAAGGCCUUGGUGUUCAUCAUGCUGGCAUGGCGAGAUCAGACAGGAAUCUUAUGGAACGUCUAUUCGGCGAUGGCGUCCUCAAGGUUCUGUGCUGUACUGCCACCCUUGCCUGGGGUGUUAACUUGCCCGCCGCUGCAGUCGUCAUCAAAGGAACUCAAGUGUAUAGCGCGCAGGAUGGCAAGUUUGUCGACUUGGGAAUUCUUGACGUGCUCCAGAUUUUCGGACGUGCUGGUCGUCCCCAGUUUGAGGACACCGGCAUCGGUAUGAUUUGUACAACACAAGACAGACUCCAGCAUUACCUGACCGCAGUGACGGAGCAACGACCUAUCGAGUCGAGGUUUUCAUCCAAACUCAUCGACAACUUGAACGCCGAAAUCAGUCUCGGCACGGUCACGACUAUUGCUGAGGCAGCAGAGUGGAUCGGCUAUUCGUAUCUUUUUGUUCGAAUGCAACGAAGCCCCGAGAACUACAAUAUUGAAUGGGCUGAGAGAAGAGAUGAUCCAAACCUUGCUCAAAGGCGGCGCUCUAUGGCUAUCCAGGCUGCUCGAGAGCUGCAACAGUCUCAGAUGAUCAUCUUCAACGAAAGGACCGAGGAGCUUCGAAGCAAAGAUAUCGGCCGUAUUGCAAGUCAAUACUACAUCCUACACAGCACCAUCCAGAUCUUUAAUACCAUGAUGCGACCUCAGUCAACUGAGGCCGAUAUUCUCAAAAUUAUCAGCUUGAGCGGUGAAUUCGACAAUAUCCAGUUCAGAGAAAGCGAGAGUAACGAGCUGAUGAACCUAAAGUCGCGUGAGGAUAUUGUACCCUGCUCCAUCGACACUAGGACCGGCACGGACACCCCUCAAGUGAAGACGAAUAUCUUGCUUCAAGCCUACAUAUCCAGGGUUCAGCCGGAUGAUUUUGCUCUCGGAAAUGAUUUGAACUACAUUGCCCAGCAGUCUGGCCGCAUCUGCAGGGCUCUAUUCAUGAUUGCGUUGAACAGAAGAUGGGGCCAUCAGUGCCUUGUACUCCUUACCAUGGCCAAGGCGAUAGAGAAGAGGAUUUGGCCCUUCCAACACCCGCUCCAUCAGUUUGAUCUGCCGAAGACAGUUCUGAAGCACUUGGAUCAGAAAGAGACCUUGACGAUGCAGGAUCUCAAGGAUAUGGAGCCGGCAGAGGUGGGAGAACUGGUUCAUAACAAGGGCGCUGGGGCAAAGAUUGGUAAACUGCUUAGGAACUUCCCUACCAUCCACAUCGAGGCCGAGAUUGCGCCCCUCAAUCGAGAUGUUUUGAGAAUUAAGCUAUAUGUGGAGCCUGGAUUCAGCUGGAACGAUCAGAUCCACGGCACGUCCGAGUCGUACUACAUCUGGGUCGAGAACUCGGAGACUUCGGAGAUCUACCACCACGAAUUCUUCAUCCUCACGAGGAAGAAGCUUCACGAUGAGCAUGAACUGAACUUCACCAUACCCUUGUCCGACCCGCUUCCUACUCAGAUCUACGUCCGUGCCGUCUCCGACCGCUGGCUCGGCGCCGAGAGCGUGACACCCGUCUCCUUCCAGCACCUGAUCCGGCCCGAUACGGAAAGCGUUUACACGGAUCUUCUAAACCUGCGCCCGCUACCCAUCUCGGCGCUCAAGAAUCCUCUGCUGGAGGAAAUCUACGCCAAGAGAUUCCAGUUCUUCAACCCCAUGCAGACGCAGAUCUUCCACACCCUCUACCAUACGCCGGCCAACGUUCUUCUCGGCUCCCCCACCGGUAGUGGCAAGACUGUAGCUGCUGAGCUUGCCAUGUGGUGGGCGUUCAAGGAGAAGCCGGGUUCCAAGGUUGUGUACAUUGCCCCGAUGAAGGCGCUCGUUCGUGAGCGUGUCAAGGAUUGGGGCGAGCGGUUGGCGAAGCCUUUGGGGAUGAAGAUUGUUGAGUUGACGGGUGAUAACACGCCGGACACGAGAACUAUCCAGGAUGCUGAUGUUAUCAUUACGACUCCUGAGAAGUGGGAUGGUAUCUCGCGUAGUUGGCAGACGAGAGGCUAUGUCAGGAAAGUGAGUCUGGUUAUUAUUGACGAGAUUCAUUUGCUUGCCGGAGACCGAGGCCCGAUUCUUGAAAUCAUUGUCUCUCGAAUGAAUUACAUCGCCGAGUCUACCAACAACCCCGUGCGGCUGCUGGGAAUGUCCACAGCCUGCGCGAACGCCACUGAUCUCGGAAAUUGGCUUGGCGUCAAGGAAGGCUUGUUCAACUUUAGACAUUCGGUUCGACCUGUGCCUCUCGAGCUGUAUAUUGAUGGAUUCCCUGAAGUGCGCGGCUUCUGCCCUCUGAUGCAGUCCAUGAACCGACCGACGUUCCUUGCCAUCAAGAACCACAGCCCGGACAAACCAGUGAUUGUAUUUGUUCCUUCUCGACGACAGACGCGCCUGACUGCCAAGGAUCUCGUCAACUUCUGUGGUAUGGAGGACAAUCCUAGAAGGUUCCUCAACAUGGAUGAGGAUGAUCUCCAGCUGAACCUGGCCAGAGUCAAGGAUGAUGCUCUCAAGGAAGCCAUUUCUUUCGGAAUUGGUCUCCAUCACGCUGGUCUUGUUGAGACAGACCGACAACUCUCAGAAGAGCUCUUCCUGAACAACAAGAUUCAGAUCCUCGUGGCCACGAGCACACUCGCAUGGGGUGUCAACCUUCCGGCCCACUUGGUCAUCGUAAAGGGAACCCAAUUCUACGAUGCCAAGAUUGAGGGUUACAAGGACAUGGACUUGACCGAUGUCCUUCAGAUGCUUGGUCGUGCUGGACGACCGCAAUUCGACAACUCUGGUGUUGCACGCAUCUUUACCCAGGAUUCCAAGAAGGACUUUUACAAGCACUUCCUGCAUACCGGUUUCCCCGUCGAGUCGUCCCUGCACGCCGUUCUCGACGACCAUCUUUGCGCCGAGAUAUCGGCCGAGACCAUCGUCACAAAGCAAGACGCGCUGGACUACCUCACGUGGACCUUCUUCUUCCGCAGGCUGCACAAGAACCCGUCGUACUACGGGCUCGAAAUCUCGGCGGAAGAGCACAACACGAUCGAAGCGCAGAAGCUCGCCAACGAGUUCAUGAUCCACAUGGUCGACUCCUCCCUCGGCGAGCUGCAAAAGUCUUCCUGCAUCGACGUCCAAGGUAACGGCAACGUCGACCCCACGCCGCUCGGCAAGAUUAUGUCGUACUACUACCUCUCCCACAAGACGAUCCGGUACCUCGCGCGGCACGCGAAGCCGGGGGCGUCCUUCUCCGACGUUCUCACUUGGAUGUCGCGCGCUACCGAGUACGACGAGCUCCCCGUGCGCCACAACGAAGACCUCAUCAACGCCGAGCUGUCGAGGAACCUACCCUUCGAGGGCACCUCGUUCGGCCUGCCCAUGUGGGAUCCCCACGUCAAGGCGUUUUUGCUCCUGCAGGCGUACAUGUCGCGCAUUGCGCUGCCCAUCACGGAUUACGUCGGUGAUCAGACGAGCGUGCUCGAUCAGUCUAUCCGUAUCGUGCAGGCGGCUAUCGACGUUCUCACGGAGAUGGGGUACCUGUCUAGCUGCCUCGCCAUGAUUCAGCUCUUGCAGUGCAUCAAGUCGGCGCGGUGGCCCGCCGACCCUCCGGCUUCCGUCCUCCCCGGCGUGCCGGAGGAUACUAAGGAUAAAACGACCCUGAAGAACAUCGCUGCCGGUUCCGCCAAAUCCGUCAGGCAACUGGCCACGCGGCUCUCCGUCCCCGACAGGUUCUACGACCGCUUCGCGAAAGCGGUGGCGAGGUUGCCGGACGUAAAAGUUUCAGUCGAGGGCGAGCCGACGACGUCGGGCGUCAGGAUCCAGUUAAAGAGGGUCAACCCCCUCCUUGAUAGGGAGGGCAGGGUAUUCGCCCCACGGUACCCCAAGCCGCAGGUGGAGGGGUGGUUCGUCGUGUUGGCGGAUAGGGAGAAGGAUGAGGUCCUUGCCGUGAAGAGGGUGGGAUGGCCCUCGACGGGAGCGUCUUCUUCUUCUGGCGCAAGGAGAGGAGGUGGUGGUGAAAGGGUUAGGGGUGGUGGUGACAGGGCUAGGGGUGGUAGCGAUGGGGUUAGGGGUGGUAGGGGUAGAGGCGGUAGGAACGACGGCGGUGGCGGUAGAGCGGGUGGAGGGGGGGCCGGUCCGGUCGCCAAGGUGACGAUGAAGCUUCGGCCCGAGGACGCGGGCAGGAAGAUUGAUGUGCUGGUUGUUAGCGAUGCGUAUAUCGGGCUUGAGUAUAAGAUCGAGGGCGUUGAGAUCCCCGCGGCGCCGAAGCCCGGUGAUGGUCCGGAUAAGAAGGGGCACUAA